AAUCAACUUUGGUCAAAGCCUAGAAGAAAAGAAAUAUACAUGUGUCCUAUUCUCUCUUUAAAGAUUGAUAACCAAACUUCUCCCUUUCAUCUCUUACAGAAUAAAAAAAAAUGUUCAAACCCAUAAAAAAAACUUCUCCCUUUCAUCACCACCACUUUCUCCUCCUCCUCUUCAUCUCCUUCACCGCCAUGAAUGUCACCGCCAUCACCACUACUCCAAAAUUCAAAGAAGCCCCACAGUUCUACAACUCCCCAAACUGUCCUUCCAUCCUGGAAUCAGAUAAUAUUGAUGAUGGUCAUGUCAUGUGCUCUCCCCAAGCUGUCCAUGUAGCUAUGACUCUAGACGCCGUCUAUCUCCGUGGCUCCAUGGCUGCAAUCUUCUCCGUUCUUCAACACUCCUCCUGUCCUCAGAAUAUUCUCUUUCACUUCAUCUCCUCCACCAACAUAAAUCACCUUCAUGACACAAUUUCUCACUCAUUUCCUUACCUGAAAUUCCAAAUCUACCAUUUUGACGGCACUGCUGCGGCAGGCCUUAUCUCUACCUCAAUCCGCUCAGCUCUCGACUGCCCACUCAACUAUGCCCGCAACUACUUGGCCAAUCUCCUCCCAACCUGCGUCAAGAAAGUGGUGUACUUGGACUCCGAUUUAGUCCUGGUUGAUGAUAUUGCAAAACUGGCCUCUACCCCGCUUGGUAGCCAAGCAGUAUUAGCCGCACCUGAGUAUUGCAAUGCUAACUUCACCUCAUACUUUACUCCGAGCUUUUGGUCAAACCCCACAUUGUCUUACACAUUCGUUGAACGAAAAGCUUGUUACUUCAACACUGGUGUUAUGGUCAUUGAUCUGGAGAGAUGGAGAGAAGGAGAGUAUACAAGAAAAAUAACAGAAUGGAUGGAGCUACAAAAGAGAAUGCGGAUCUAUGAGCUGGGCUCUUUGCCGCCGUUUCUGUUAGUGUUUGCAGGAAAUAUAGCGCCAGUUGAUCACAGAUGGAACCAACAUGGGCUAGGAGGAGACAAUUAUCGAGGUCUGUGUAGAGAUUUGCAUCCGGGUCCAGUGAGUUUGUUGCAUUGGAGUGGCAAAGGUAAGCCAUGGGUGAGGCUUGACGCCAACCAACCCUGCCCGUUGGAUGCCUUAUGGGCACCGUAUGAUCUCUUGCAAACACCCUUCUCUCUUGAGUCUUAGCAUUUGGAGCUACACCUAUAUGAUAAUAAAAAUGUUUUAUUCAGGCAUAUAUAAAAUUAUCUGAGGAGAAGAGAUCUAGGAAGGUAGAAUUUAGAAGAUCUCUGUCUUUGUGUACAUUACAGUGCUUAAUGUUUUUGGUCUAAUAUAUUCCUGAGAACAGUGAAUUACAGUUAGGCCACUAAUAAAAAAACAAUAAAUUUCAACAGUUCAUUGAA